AUGCCCCUGGCACAGACUGAGCAGAGGGGAAAUGGGUCCUGGUGGGUGGAGAAGGCAACAAAAUCCACUUCUGACAAAACAGAGAGUAGUCAGCGGAGCUUUGAUUGGAGCAAGCAGUUAAGCAGUAAAAACAUUGAUACUUGGAUGCAGGAGCUAAAUGAAACUGAAAUUCAGAAUACUAAUCUCAGGAAAAAAAUACUUGAAAAGGAGAAACAGAUUAAAGAACUUGCAUCCAUGCUUCAGUGUGAAAAAAUCAAUGUACAGAAAGGAGACCACCUGUCAAGCUCAGUACAGGAAGUACAAGCUCACCUGCAGUGUCAGAUUGAAAGAAAAGAAGCAGAAAAUGACGAAUUAAAAGUGAAAAUACAGAUUCUAGAAAAUAAAAUAGCAGAGUGGAAACAUCAAAUUGGUGAAUACAAGUGCCAGAAGUUAGCCUUAAAGGAAGCAAGGGAGCAAAAGAAGAUUGCCCUGGAAAAAGCAUUAAGGUCCCAGAAGCAAAGAGCUCGACACUUAGAAGAAGCUGUGAAGGACGUAACCUCUAAAAUAAGAGAAAGUGAACUCAAAUUGUGUGCAAUACUGUCAGCUUCUGAAGUCUGGAAAAAACAGCAUGAUAGAAUAGUUGAAGAAAAGACAAUGUUAGAAGUUCAAGUAGAAGAUCUUGAGAAGCAGAUCAAAGGCCUGAUGGAAGACAUGGAAAAAAGGGAGGAAUGGAGAAGAAAUUCACAAGAGAAAAUUCUUGGAAAGUUAAAUUCUGUUAACUCUGAAAAUGAAAUUAUUUACCUUGAGAACAAAAAAUUAAAGGCUUCCCUUGCUACACUGGAGAGAAGUACAGUAUCUGUUGAGUAUGAGCUGCUACAUCUGCAAGAAAAAGCAAAGCUGCAGGAAAACCUUGUAGAACAGUGUAAAAAUGAGGUACAAAAAAGACAAAUUGCAGUAGAAGAAUUGAAAUCCAGACAUGAAACAGUCUUAAAUGAAAACGAAAAAAUAACAGAAAACAAAUGCUUAGAAGCAGAUAAGGUGAGGGACAAAAUGGAGGCUGAGUUAAAGGAGUUAGAACAUGUUUGUGACUUGCUGAGAGCAGCUGAGGAAAACCAGCUAAAGCUUCUGUUCUGGGAAAGGAUCCAUGCACAGAAAUACAAAACCCUCCGGGAGCUGGAGCUUCAGCCUGAAAAUGGAUUUUCCUCGACUCUUUUUUUCUCUGACGUCAAUUUUAAUGGCAGGAAUAACCAUAGUGUAACUUCUAUGGGCAAUCUUUGCUUAGAAGAAGAGAUCUGUAACAUUCAGAAGAAGUAUGAAGAUCUCCAAAGGCAAUUAGGAGAAAUGGAAUAUCAGAAUGAAGAACUUGCUUAUCAGCUCAGAAAAGAAGAUGAGAAUCUUCAGAGCAGUAAAUUGCAGCUUGAAGAGAAAAUGGCAGAAUAUAAUGCAUUAACCACACAACUUGAAUCUGUUUUGGCAGAAGGGAGAAAAAUGGUAGCUGAAGAACAGGAAAAAAUGUCAUACAAAGAACAAGCCUUUCAGACAAAACUGCUCCUUCUUGAAGCUGAAGUGAGAAAGAGGCAAGAAGAGAAAAAACAACUCCUCUGCUUAUUUCACCAUAAUGAAAAGCAUCAUGAAGUACAUUUGAAAGAGCUGGAGAACAGCCUGCAGAAGUUGGAGAACAAGAACCAGAGCAUCCAGAAUUAUGUGCAGUUUUUGAAAGAUGCAUAUAUAACAAUGUUUGACUGA